AUGGAGCACACAUCUAAGGUUAAACGAGAUUUUUGGACAAUUUGCAACAAAAUUCGAGAUGUAGUGAAUUUCAUCAAAUUUAAUUUUUGGGAAUAUUAUUCAAUAUAUGAUGUAAAUAACACUGGAUUUGUAACAGCUAUCAUAUUCAAAAAUGCAUUGUCUGGACCAUUAAAAUCUAUCGUUAAUUUAAAUGAUGAAGAAAUACAAUUUCUAGUCAGGUAUUUUGAAAAUUCCAAUGGACAAGUACCGUAUGGACAAUUUUGUGAAAUUAUACACAAUGACCUACCAAAAAAAAAUGAAGAUGAAUUGAACUGGAUGAAACAAAAUAAUCUACAAUCAAUUUCUACUGAUGUAAGCAUAAACGACAAAAGUAAAGAAAAUGGUACAAGAUCAUACGAUAAUAAAAAUGUUACUCAUCCACUAUUAACAAAUAAAGCACAUAUAAAGGAUAAUGUAUUAAUUAUAAUGAGAAAACUUCAAAAUUACGUUUUUGCAAAUCGAAUAGAUAUUGGACAAUUUUUCAAAACAUUUGACCCUCAUGGAAGAGGACAUGUAACAGUAACACAAUUUCGCAGGUGCCUAGACAUGAUCGGAGUUAGUUCAUUACGCAUAAUGUACUAUCCCGAGGCAGAAUUAUCUGUAUUGUUGCUAAUGUAUAAAGAUAAAGAAUGUCCAGAAAGAAUUAAAUGGAAACAAUUUGAAGAUGAAAUAAAUACUGUAUUUAUGGAAACAAGGCCAAGUCUAUGA